UUUCAAUUCAGCUCCACAAACCAAAACCAACCCGUUAGAGAACACCAGCGACUACCAAUGGCGACUGAGUCGGACACCACCUCACAACUCUCUCUCUACCGAACCCAGAAAACCCACGAAAAUUCCCUCGAAAUUUCUCCAAACAAACGCCUCAAAACCCCAGAAGAUUCACCUACAUCCUCAUCCAAAGGCAAAGCCAAACUGAGAGAAAAAGAAGAAGAUGAUAAUGAAUCAGCAACUACCAAUUCAGAAACUAAUUGCUGCGGGAUUUGCCUAUCAGAAGAGGGUAGUUCAAUCAGAGGGUGGAUUGAUAGCUGCGAGCAUUACUUCUGCUUCGUUUGCAUAAUGGAAUGGGCCAAGGUCGAGUCCAAAUGCCCAAUUUGCAAGCGCAGAUUCUCCACCAUUCGACGUCCUCCCAAACGAGGUGUGUUCCCCUCCCAGCGAAUUGUUACGGUCCCGGUUCGCGAUCAGUUUCUCGUCGCUGUGGUAGUGCCAUCGUUGCUUGUGUGUGUGGCACCGUCGACUGGUGUGGCCUCCGGUGGCUACUGUGGUGGUGUGUUCAAGCCCAAUUCAGAUCUAGACCCAGAUCCAAACCCAGACCCAGAUCCAGACCCGGUUCAAUCACGGUUUGGUCAGUUUUCCACUGGUUCUUCCUCUGGUUCAGUGUGGCUUGGUGAAUUUUUACCGCCCGGUUCAACAGUCCAGUAUGUUGUUAUUGUCCAGUUCAGCGGCCCAACAACUGUUUCUUGGCCGGUUCAGCAAUCCAACAAGCUCUCUUGUUCUGUUCAACUCCGGAUUAUUACUGUCCACCUCCCUAUUAGUAUAGAAUCCAAGAAUGAUGAUAUAUUCGUUGUUACUUCUCUUGCUGUGCCACCUGGUUUGCCUUCUGCUGCUCUAUUUAAUGGUCUUAUGACGUCA